UGUAAACACGACGACGAUAAAAAAUGGUUGACAAUUCCAAAAUUUACAAUUUUUUAUUAAAUUUUGAGUUUUUUACCCUACAAAUUCUCGCUUAAAUGCGGUAACUGCAAAGGACGAUGUUGUCGACGAUGUUUUUCGACGCUGGAUACGAUGACCGGCCACUCAACCGCAUAUUUCAGGAUGACUCAUCUCACUACUCAUUGCUGCUGGUAUUUUAUCAAUGGUGAUAAUUUCCAUAGUUCAAUUUGGAACCGAAGACUUUUCUCAAUUUAUUUGAAUUGAAUUUUGAUUUUUGCUCGGUAUCUACGAUAGCUUUGGUCGAACGUUACGAUGAAAUGAUUUUGAAUUUUGACUUUUUCUUCUUCGAGCGUUUUUUCGAGGUGUUCUUUACACGUGAAUAACAGGAGUUUUUCUAGCACGAAAUCCGCCGGAAAUACUUCGACCUUGUGCCUUGCUGGAAUUGUUCGCUGCGAUAAUACCGUGAAAGAACGGUUAAUUAUUGUCACCACAUUCACCGUCACCGGAGGUGUAACGACGUGCACCCGUACCAUUUCUUGGUCUGAAACAGAAAAAACCACAUUCAUCGUUCUGCGAGGUCUUCUUGACCUGCGUGAUGCACGAUUUGGAUAGCUCGACCCCCGAGGGUACUCGGCAUAAUUUUGCGGCGGUGGUUGAUUAUACGAUUGGCGAUAUUGGUCAGGCGGAUACCGAUUGCCUGCAUUUUGCUGAUAACUUUGAUGGUUGGUUUGUUGGCGAUUGGGCUGUUUGAACCUGUUACCCAUGUUUGGCUUGAACUUUCACUUCAGUGGUCGUUGACCUUGCCCCCUGGGCAUUUGGUGCCUUUGUUUUGGCUUUGGGUGAUCGUAUUUCGGUGGCUGUCGCUAGCCGAGUUAUUUUCCGAGGAUUCUGACGAUGGAGCCAACUUUUUUCCGGUAGCCAAUUCGAGCUCACGAAACAAAUAUUCGACUAAGUCGUUGGAAGAUGAAGUGAAACUUGGUGGCGAAUACACCGACGACGAUUUCACCGGUCGCUGUUGUAUUUUAUCAUCGUCGGAGUCGAACAAUGAUUCGACAUGUUUGUUCUGGUUUGCAGUUAACGACGGCGAGACAUUUUUGGCAGAUACCUUCGGCAAUGGUACUGGUGACUUCGGAGGUUUAGCAGUUUUGGCGGUUGCUUUUGUUGUUGGUUCGGAUUUUUUCUCGGUGGCUUUCGAUUGUUUCUCGUUGCGCUUCGCUUUUUUGGUGCGCUUAGACUUCUUUUUAGUUGAUUUGGAGGAGAGGUACCGAUGAUUUUAGGUAUUUUAAACUCAGAAACCUUACCUUCGUUCUCGACGACGGGUAUCUCUUCGAAAGAAGCACCAGCGAUUUGCAUCGAAUGGCGGCGGAUCGGCGGCGUAUUUUGGGGCGAAUCGUCGGUCUCGGAUUUCAAAAGCUUGUCUUCGAGUUGCUUAGCUGCUAUCUCGUCGGUUUCAUCUGGCUCGGAUAAUGAUGUCGAGCUUGGAGAUUUCGCCGGUGACGACGACGAUCGGUUCGACGAAGAGGACGACGAUGACGACGACGAACUCGACGAAGACGAAGAAGAAGAGGACGACGAUUGCGAGUCAGCUUUUUUAGACUCUUGAUACGGUGACGGUGAUUUUCUCGUUCAUUUACCGGCGAUGCAUUUAACGAUUGGUUAUUAUUCGAUUCGUCGUCCAUUCUAUCAACACAGAAAAAAAAAUGCGAGCCACGUUUUUAUCGAUCACGUUUUAUUUGGUUUGAACGAGCCCUUCGAGUUGGAUUGAGCGAGCACGUUUUUACGAUGAUGAGCGAAUUUUCACACUUUUUAUGGAAAAAAUUCCGGCUUAAAUUACACGUAGCAUUGGGGAAAUAAUAUGUUCGUUCGAAGAUGGUGGCAAGCCUGGCACUGCCAAGAUGACCAUACCAGUGAUGCAGAUAAUUCACUACUUCAGCAAACAAAUUUUCAGGCAUGAACUGACGAACAUGACGAUGUUGUCUCGGUUUUCAUCGUCCUUUUGGUAGAUGACCGCAUUCACCAUGUCAUUGUCGUGGGCCACUUCAAUGAAGAAUUCGCGAUCUGGAUCUGGAGCAGUAAGUUCAAACUGUUGGCAAAAUGCCUCGUACAAUUGGUCAAACGCUCGCAUAUGUUUUUCUCCCCAUUCCCACUUGGUAUCUUUUUCAAGUAGGUCAGUCAUUGGUCUUAAGAUUGUUUGGUAAUUUUUUAUAAAUUUGGAGUAUAGCAUAGUUAAGCCAGUUAGCUGUUGGAUAUGUUUUUUCUCUUUUAAAACUACUCCAUUUUUCCUUUUUGAAAAAAAUUUAUUUCUAAAUUUUUCUAAUUUUUCCAAUUUAAUCUGCUGCUUUCCAAUUUUAUUUUUAUCAAGUACAUAGCCCAAAUGAUCGAUUUUUUCUUUAAAUAAUUCUGUUUUAUCGGCAUUGAGUGUUAAGCCAGCCGCUUGUAGACGUUUUAAAAAUUCAACAAUUGCUGCAAUAUGUUCUUCAAAAUUUUUCGAUUUGAUUCUGGCAUCGUCUACGUAUAGGUCUAGGUCUUUUAAACCAUACAAAAUUUUUCUGAGCAUUUUAAUAAAAUAGGCAGCAGCAAUUUUAACUCCAAAAGGCAUUCUCAUAUAUUCAUAGGUCUGGCCAUCGACCUUAAAUGCCAAAAAUUUCCAAAAAGCUGGGUGUACUCUCAUUUGCCAGUACCCACAGUUGAAAUCAAAGGUGGAUUGGUAUUUUACUCCAUGUCCACUAUGUACAAUUUUGUCCAAAUUUGAUGCCUCGUUAGGGUCAUCUUCGAGCAACAUAUUCAAAAUUGGGGGGUCUAUACAUAUGCGAACUCUACCAUCAGAUUUUUCUCUGACUAAUGUACUGCUAACAUAUUUUGAAUCAGAAGGUCGAGCAAUUUCAUUUAUUAACAUUCGAUUUAAUUCUUCAAAAACUUUAUGCUCGUUGUGUUUACUAGGUAUAAAAUUGCGGUGUUUCCAAUCGACAGAAUCUGGAUCGAAUUUCCAAUUUAGGAGAAAUUUGCUCGAUGGCAUACAUUUUUCGGUCGUGCGUGAGGUUUGAAUUUCGAAUUUGUCGAAUAAUUUGGUCGAAUCUGUUUUUUGGAGUUUCCACCGUUUCUUCGUACCUCUCUUCAACUUCGCAUACGUGGACUUUUACUUUUUUAACUCCAUGUAUUGCGUGUAAACUGUCUGCUACGAAUUUUUUAUACCUUUUUUCUGGUAAUUUUUUACAUUUUGCACGACCUUUUUCCGUCGACGCUCCAAUUUUUUCUAAUUUCAUGGUAUCUCUACCAAUUAGGAAUCCACAAGGAAGGGUUUUUACGAUGUAAAAUGGAAUUACACAUUCGAUAUCUUUAAAAUACAUUUUAAUAUUUACAGAAAAUGGGAAUGUAUUUUCUUUUUCCCCAUUUGCCACAGUAAUUACUACCCUAUGCUUUGGAAUUGCAUAUUCGAUCGAUUCUUUUUGUCUUUUCUCAAUAACUUGCAUCAUUCUUUCGCUAAUUAAAUUUACUUCUGCCCCUGUAUCUAACAAACCGCAGAAUUUUUCACUUCCAAUUUUCCAUUUGAUUACACACGUAUUAGGUGGUUCAUCUUCUUCUUUAUUUUUUUCAGAUUCCGCAGAAUUUGCUGAUUUUUGGUCAGCUAGAAGAUCGCUGCUGGUAUUGCUGUCAACUUGGGUUUUUUCAACUUCAGCUACUAGUACUCGUUGAGGUGACUCGAAUAUAUUAUCGGUCUGUACUGCUUUAUUCGAUGUUUUGUUAUUGGUUUGCUUCUUUUUUUCUUUUUCAGCUGCUUCGAACGCUUCCAUGCAUUUUGUGAACGAAAAUGGUUCGUUUGUUUGCUGCCGAGUGGAAUUUGCCACUCCUGAAUUGGCCACUGGAAUUGAAGACGUCGGCUGUUCAAAUGAAUCGAUCGGUGGUGUUAUUACUAUUUUAGGUGUAUUUGAUACGCUCGUUUGAGUUGCAAUAUUAUUUUGUGCAUUUUUAUCGACGUGUUUUUCGCUUGAUUUUGCAUUUUGUUGUUGUUGUCUUUCCAUGUAUUCCCCUCCUUGGUCCUUGUAUUUUGAAUUUUCGAAAAUUUGCGUCUUGGAGUUUAGGGUCGUAGCAUUUUUUGGAACUACUUUUUUCGAAUUUUUAAAUUUUUUAUUUUUAUUCUUUUUUCUUCGAUUUUGGGAGUCUAACUUCGCGAGUAAAAUUUCAUAAUCGAUUUGUUCGAUCUCUCGACCCUCGAUAAUUUGUUCUACUUCGCGAACCAUUGCUACGUGGCAUGGUUUUAACAUGUAUUUUUUCAUAGGUGGUUUAUUUGAUCGAUGAUUUUUCUCAAAUAGGUGCCUAUUAAUUUUUACGUUUCCAAAUUCGGUUUUUUCGAUCGCGUUAGCUUGAUUUUUACGAAGAAAAAUAUCAGCUUGAGAUGUUAGGAGGUGGGUUUUUGUAAUUUGAGUGAUUUUUUGAAACAAUCUGCGCAAUGCAAGAUAUCUUUUCAACGUUUUCGCGUUUUUUCUCUCUUUUACAUAGGGUAACAGUAUAGGAAACUUAACAUAGAUGUUUUCACCGCCAUUUUUGCGUAUAUAUAUAUUCUUCAAUGUAGGCGAAGGGGGCGAAGAGAUCGUUGACUUCGUCCUCCCCAAUCGAUAAAAUUACAUUUUUGUUGAAAUUUUUCAUUUUCUUAAUAUGCAGCCAAUGCUGCUCAAUUGUUCGGUUGUUUGAAAUUCGAUUUGCCACUGCGCCUUCUCCUAUUCGGUCGUAUAUUUCAUUUUUUAUUUUAUACGUCCUACCCCCACCUCUCGUUGCAGUCUGUUUGACCACAUACAUCGUCAAUUUUCGUUUUUUGAACCCCCAGGCUUAGAAUUUUGAUAAAAAAGUUGCUCUGGGGUUGGUUGGGGAAUUGAUUGGGAGUUUGGUGCUUGAGGUGCUUGAUUUUGGGGGGUACCAUUUUGCAUAUUUUGAAUGCUUAAAUCGCCUCUAGCACCUUGACCGGUUGAAUUAAAUUUUGGAGGGGGUUUUCUCCAUUGUGUCUCCGGUACAUACGAUCCAUAAUUUCCUCUACCUCGAUAAUUAAAAUUUCUAACUCGUACCUCGUGAAAAUUGGGUAUAAAAUUUUUGCCUUUGUAAUUUGAAACUCUUGGUUUCUCUUGUUGAAUUUCUCUGGCUUCUUCUGUUACUUGGGGGUCAGUUUUUUGAUGGAAAUUUGUAUGUACGUACUUCGCAGAAUGUACGUACAUAGCUAGAUACUCAUCGGUUACUGAUUUCUUUGCCACAGUAAGUUUCUUCACGAGGUCUUCCUUAGUAUUCAAUUCUUCGAGGUUCAUUUUAUUCUGGAUGGCGUGGGGGAUUUUUGCAAGAAUUUUAUCGAUAAUUUGUUCAUUCGUUAGUGAUGUUGUUGCUAACGUAUCGUACCACAUUGAAAAAUAUUCGAUAUAGUCGGCCAUUGUUUUUAUUUUUUCGACAUUAUCGGUUCUAAAGUACUCAAUGGCGGAUUGUUUCGCCGUUUGGUCCCAGUAGAGAUUUAAAAAUUGUGGUAUUAGUUUUUCUAAUUCUUCCCCAUCUUGAAUUUUGGUUUCCCAAGCUUGUGUUUUGUGUUCCACACAAGAGAUAAAUAACAUUCGACGAUUUACGGGGCUUAAAUUUUGCUCAAUCUCUUUUGUCUGAAAUUGUUUGACAAAACGAACCGGAUGGUGAAUCAUUUUGUGAGUGAACAUCGUGGCACUUUUUCUAAAAAGUUCAAUGAAGACCAAUUCAGAUGAAGAUCUCUCUCCUCCUGCCUGUGCCACUCUCGCUUCAGCACCUUUCAACAAGAUAUCUACGGUCUUUUUCAUUUCUUGUUCAUUGUUUUGCCACAUAGUAGUACUUUCAUUUUUUAAUUCGUCGAUGAUAGAGUUUUUAAAAGAUACUAUUGCUUCGCCUACGUCUUUAUUCGUUUCAGUACACCAUUUUCCCAUUAAUUCGUUGACAGAUUUAUCAACUGAAGAUUCCAACUCUUUCACUUUUUCGUUGUGUUUUGCUAGAUAGGUAGCUUCGAUUUCUUUUACCUUCUCAUCUAAUUUGGUCUUGUAAUUAGUCUCUAGCUCAGUUGCUUUAUCUUCGAAUUGCUUCUUAAUCUGGUCUUCGAUUAAUGUUUUAAAAUCACUAAACUCCUGUUGAGAAACCAUUUUGAUUUUAUUUUUUCUGGUUUUUAUAGGUAUAGGUCGCGAUUUAUCAAUCAAAAGAUUACUACGGUGCCUACGAAUUUGUGGUGGAGUGAUUCUAGCAGGACUUGAAUCUUCCACUACUAAAAAACGACGCGGGGUAUUAUUUUUCUCCGUUUUUGAUUAAUUUUUUAAUUGUUCAAUUUCAAGAAUAAAUUCUUGUUCGGAUA